UUUCCAUGGCCUAAAGCAAGAAGUUUCUAAUAUCUUGAAUCCCUUUGUUUCCAUUGUCUCUUUCUUUGACUCUACACAUUCUUUCAUCUGCCCCAUUCCUGAAGGCUAUUGAGUCUUUGGGGCUCUCCAAGAUUUGAUAUUUAGGGGAGCUCUUCUUUCCUUGAGCCUACAUUUUUUAUUCUUGACAUCAAUCUCCAACACCCAUUUGCUUCAACUACAGAGAAAAUCCCUCCAGAUUUUUUCUGGGUUUACUCUUCUUCUUUUUCUGUGAAUUUUUGUUUUUGGCUAAAGGGGUUUCAGAGCAAAGGGUUUUCUAUGGAUUCUCAAGUUCUUGUUGCUCUUGGUCUUUCAUUGUUGGGUGGAUUGAGUACCUCUCUAGGUGCACUUUUUGUGGUUAUUAGCCAGGCUCCUAACUUGAAGAUGCUAGGACUUUUACAGGGGUUUGCUGCUGGUCUUAUGCUUAGCAUAUCAUUCUUUGACUUGGCUCAUAAUGCUAUAAACUCCAUUGGCUUCUUAAAAGGAAACCUCUGGUUUUUUGCAGGUGUUAUCUUCUUUGCUCUUGUUUCAAAUUUCAUCCCGGAACCUACACUUGCACCCAUUUCAAGUGCCAAAGGCAAAAAGAAAGACGGAGAUGAUAGGGGUAAGGAUAUUAUGAAGAAGCAUCGCCGCCAAGUUUUAUUUAGUGGAAUCAUCACAGCAGUAGGUAUAAGCUUGCACAACUUUCCUGAAGGGAUGGCUGUGUUCCUUGGAUCAAUGAAGGGACUUCGGGUUGGUCUAAACUUGGCUCUUGCUAUUGCUUUACACAACAUACCAGAGGGUGUUGCAGUUGCACUUCCAGUUUAUUUUGCAACACAGAGCAAAUGGCAGGCAUUCAAAUUGGCAACACUUUCUGGUCUCGCAGAGCCCCUGGGUGUAAUUAUUGUGGCAUAUCUAUUUCCAAGCAGCUUGAAUCCUGAAAUUCUGGAGGGCCUCCUGGGAGCAGUGGGAGGGGUGAUGGCAUUUUUAACCUUACAUGAGAUGCUUCCAUUGGCAUUCGACUAUGCCGGUCAGAAGCGAGCUGUCAAAGCUGUAUUCCUUGGAAUGGCUUUCAUGUCUGCGAGCCUAUAUUUCCUAGAGCGGAGCUUGCCAGCGGACAUGAGCUUGUAGUUCUCAGUCAUAUGGUGUUUCACUACUUGUACUGCUGAACUUCGAUGGAGUUUUUUCGUGGUGCUAAGCUUCAAAACUAAAAUUCGCAUUCUUACAAAAUCCAUGAGGCAUGGCAUUUGGUUUGGCAAGCUGAAUGAGAGUGAAGGUAUAACAGUUUCUGAGAUUGUUUUAUAGUAAAAUAGGAAAUGCACAGAGACUCAGCCAGUAUCUCAUAUAUGAACAAGAGAUACAUGGGCAAAACAUUGUGUGGAUUAAUUUACGAAUGGUCAUCCAACUUUCAAUUCGUUGUAACAAUGUCACAAAACUAACCUUUGUAAUGAAAUAAAUAAACUCAAAAAGUAUUAACUGAAUGCUGGAAAACGUAAAUUCAGUUUGGAAA